AUGCCGUUCAGCAGUGGCGGCCAUGAGCCGUCCGGCGAGUUUGAGGCUUUCCUACAGGUAGAGGAGCUAGGGAUGGACAAGGUGCCCGAUCAGAAAAAUCUUCCCGCGAUGGGGCAGCUGCUCCAUCAGGUUGACAGCCUCCAGCAAGUUGUUGUUGCUACCUGCGAGUCCAUGACGUUGCUUGUUCAGAAGCAAGUAGAAGCGCUGAAAGACUACGAGAAGGAAGCUGCCGUCUUGCAUCGUGAAAACAAGGAUCUUCGCAUCAGAUUAGCUGAAUGGGAAGGCCAUCCGAUGCCCGGAACAAUUCGUGAAAAAGAAAACGGUCCAGACCGUGCUGCAGGCGCCGCCUCAGGGCCGCAUCUUUCGACCGUGAACCGGGAGGCCUGGGCUGACGACGCCGACGGGGCUGUGGGCGUUGCUUCAAACUCGGCCGGCCUUACGCAGAUUGUUCCGUCUCCAUCACCGUCGCAGCUCAAGAGCGCGCUGCCCCUUUCGGCCCAGCCGUCCCAUGAGGAUGAUGAACUUGCAAAAGUGCAGUUUGCAGCUCGAGAGGCAGCUGUUUUCGUUGAUGCGGAUGCAUUAAAGAGGCAGCUGAAACAGAAUUUGAGCAAAGAGACAUACGACGUGUCAAUGUACUACAAGGAAACUGGAGUAUGGCAAAGGAUAGCUCGGUCAAGCUUGUUUGAGCACGUUACUCUCUUCAUGAUCGCGGUCAAUUCUGUGUGGAUUGCGAUCGACACUGACUCAAACGAUGCUGCAACGCUGGUAGAUGCACAACCGGUUUUCAUCGUGGUCGAGAAUUUGUUCUGUGUGUACUUCUCUGUGGAGCUGGCCAUCCGCUUCGCUGCAUUCCGAUACAAGAGGAACUGCAUGAAAGACAGCUGGUUUGUCUUUGAUUCAGUCCUGGUAGCGCUUAUGGUCUUCGAAACCUGGAUACUCACGAUAGCAGUUGCAGCGAUGGGUUCUGGUGCCAUGAGCAGCCCCAGCUUUCUUCGAGUGUUACGACUUUUCCGGCUAACGCGCAUGGCGCGAAUGGCACGGCUCUUGCGAGCCUGUCCUGAACUGUUCGUGAUGCUGAAGGCCAUCGGGGUGGCCCUUCGCUCCGUGUUUUUUGCUUUGUUGCUUCUCCUUGGCGUCGUGUAUGUCUUCGCUAUCUUCUUCACCCAGCUUCUCGAUGGCAAAAAUGCGCCAGAAGGCAGGGUAGAUGAACAAUUCGCGACAGUUGCCGUGUCCAUGAAUACCUUACUCAUCAACGGGGCUUUGCCAGACCAGGGAGGCAGAAGACCGCCUGUAGGCAUGUUUCUACAUACAUAG